AUGGACCGCAACUGGCAUCCGGCCGUUCAGGUCGUCAUCAAUGGCCACCCUCAAGCGCAGGCUCACACUCCUGGUGGGCCACCACAACGCCGGGACAAGCCAUUAUCUGUGGAAGAGGCUUUGCAGUACUCACCCAUGUCCAGUUCUCCGAUAUUUGGCCUAGAUUGCAUACUGCGUCCUGAUGUUGGCCGACCCCCUAAUACUACCUCUAUCAACCAUAUCCUUCAAUCCGGCCGUACUACUUUGACCGAACUCAAUGGCGAAGUUUCCUCUGGGCGCGAUGAGUCGAGCCUGUUAGAGACAUCUCGAGAAUAUCUGCAACAGUUGCUGGAUGGUGACCAGUUAACUGAGUUCAAAUUCAAAAUUCCUAUAACCUCCCGUAAUGAUCAGCAUUCCCUCCCCACUACUUCCAGCGAACAUACUUCCAGUCGCAGCAAUCUGGGCUCAUUCACGAGGAUGAUGCUGGAAUCGACAGAUAUAGCAUUUCGCUAUCCCACACCAUCACAAGCUGAGGAUGAGAAGCGCUCUCAAAAGGCUAUUUCCUGGAAUUCGAAAGCCCAUGCCGCAAUCAAGUCGACACCUGCAUCCUACAAUCAACAUAAUCAUAUGUCGAGCAACUUAUCUGUAGUAAUUCCAGUUAAAACGAUACCUCCCGAUGUUGAUGGCCGUGUUAUUUCAAAGCGGAGGAAGCUCAAUAUUGAUGGGGACGAUAACCUUGCGGCAAUCCGACUCAAGGACCAGAAAGAGGAGGCAGACGCUGCUCUAGUGAAGCUUCAGGACUUACUUCAUGAGAUAUUCGAAGCUGAGGAUCAACUAGAACCAGGCAUGGCGUCUGCUACAACGGCUGAGCACCCCAAUGCGGUAUUUUCGGCCGCCCGGGCGCUUGACAUCAGCGGAUCACUUUUGUCUUCGGAUGUCCACAGUCGUCUUCAGAAGGCUAUCCGGAAGGUAGUGGGGUUCAAUAGACUUCAGGAUAUCCCAUCGGACUAUUUGAACAGGAUCCAGAAGCUUUGUGAAAAGCCCGUCAUUGCUGCACAAUCGCCUGAUUUGAGAUUAGAGGAUCCUUCCAACGACUCCGAAGCCCAGGAAUGGCUGAAGAAGAUAGAUGAUAUGCACAAUGCUCUUCUUGCAGUAGGUACCCUAUUACUGACCAUGUCGGGCUCUCAGACGGAACGGGACCUUUGCCCUGAGGAUCUGAUUGAAGCCAUUCCGAACGUUCUCAAUCAAACAUUCGACCACUGUGUUAUCCCUGCUGUAGAAGCUCGACCCGGUGGGAAAGAGGCCCGUCAUUUUGAGUUCUUCUCUGCCCAGAAGCGUGUUAUCGGGGGAUUGAUUCAGCAAAGCAAAAAGGCUCUUGCGCUUUUCGCCGAUUUCCUUGCACGGAUAGACGUGUCUGAAGGGACGGUCACAGCGGCUGAAUUUUUUGCUUGCAAAUUGAUAUUUGUAGAAAAUUCUCACACGGAGAAGGAUUCUGCAGUGGGAUUCCAGAAAUAUGAGUCCGUUCGACGCGGAGCUAUGGAUGUCCUUGCCAAAGUAUUCUCCAAAUACCCCGCUCAGCGCCCAUUUAUCUUGGAUGAGAUUUUAGUUUCACUGGAAAAACUGCCGUCAACCCGGCAAAGUGCGAGACAGUUCAAGCUCGCUGAUGGCAAAAAUAUCCAGCUUCUAACGGCAUUGGUCAUGCAACUGGUUCAAACAACUGCUCUAGAUGUACCGAUAUCACGUUCAUCAAGAACGAAAUCUAAACUUCCACCUUCAGGUGACGAAGAAGAAGAGGGAGAACAGCUGGAUGAUGCACGCAGGAGGGAAGAUGAUGACGAGUCCGAAUUGACCAUGGAACAGUUAGCUACGAAGGUUAAUCGCCUCUACGAUAAUGCCGUUCGCAGUGCUCAGUAUAUAGUGAAGUUUAUUGUUCAACGAGCAAUGACAUCCACCAAAACGGGUGAUCAGCCGUAUCGGAACAUCCUUGAUUUGUUUACCGAGGAUUUGAUCGGCGUUCUAGGAUCAACAGACUGGCCUGCCGCAGAGUUACUUCUCCGCAUAAUGGCCUCUCAUAUGGUUGGCAUUGCCGACUUAGAUAAGAGUCCUGCUACUGCGAAGAGCAUGGCACUUGAGCUCCUCGGUUGGAUGGGAUCUGCGAUAUCAGAUCUUAUUGUGACUGCCCAGCAUUUACUUCCCACAAUGGAAGAAUCUGACAGUGAGCUGACUGACUAUCUAAAACAGUUAUUUGAAGAUUACUCUGGCCGGGCCCUCCAUCCCCAAGAUCUUGUUGUCGCAGAAGGCCCCUACCGGAUGACUCUGGAAUAUUUUCUUCAAGUUCGUCACCUGGACGAUUGGCAGCUCACUAGUGCUCGGGGUUACUAUCUGGCACAGUGGGCAAAGUCUUUCUGUUCAGUCUAUUAUAAUGCAGACGAGAGAGAAGAUGUCACUUAUGAUGAUAUGACUGAAAACCUUGUCGAUAUUUUUGCAAAAUUGUUUUCUGACCCACUGUGGCUGGAAACCCACAAGCAUUUUAACAAUGUAUCCGCUGCACAUGGAAGAUUCUCAUACAUAAUGACCGUUCUGAACUCAAGCUUUUGUAAAGCUUUCGAUACGAUUUUGAAAGUUCUACUCAAUUCUAUUGCCAGUGACCAAGCCAAGGUUCGGAGUCGCAGUUUGAAAAGCGUUAUCUACAUGCUUGAGAAGGACCCGAGCCUUCUCGAUAGGGACACAUCAGUGAUGCGCGUUAUUCUUCGAUGUGCCACCGAUGCAUCUCCUAUGGUGCGUGACUCUGCGCUCUCUCUGAUUGCGAAAUGCAUUUCCCUCAAACCGAAACUUGAAGAAGAUGGCUGUCGGAGUAUAUUGACUUGUGCUGCUGAUCCAACCGCCGGUGUAAGGAAACGGUGCAUUGGUUUACUUAAGGAUAUCUAUCUCAAGACCUCACGUACUGAGCUGAAAUUAGCGAUUCUGGACAGUUUUCUUCAACGAACUGGAGAUCUCGAAGAGAGUGUCUCCACUUUGGCGCGUCAAACUUUCGAAGAGAUCUGGUUGGCCCCUUUCUAUGAGCUUGUUGACUCGGCUCAAGAUGGUCCUAAAUUAAAGGUUGGCUUGGGGGAACGAGUGACACUAUUUGUUAGCUUGGUGCAGCGCAGCGAGACAGCGCUCGAAACACUCGGCGGGUGUCUCAGGAAAAUUUUGUCCGACAGCUCUAAAUCCUCGUCUUCAAACUUUAAAGUAUGCAAGGCAAUGGUCUCGACUAUGUUUGAAAAGUUGGUGGAGGAUAGCGAUGCAGGCAAAGAAUUCCAGCAAGCUCUCCUGCAGACAAUAACUGUGUUCGCAAAGGCAAACGCGAAGCUAUUCCGCCCCGACCAGUUGGAGACUCUUCACCCUUAUAUUGGACAUCUCGCGACUGCGGAAGAUCUCUUCCUCUUCCGAUCCGUGGUUGUGAUUUAUCGAUGCGUACUACCAUACCUCUCCUCUUCUCAUAACACUCUCUUGAAGGAAGUACAAAAUGACCUGUUCAAGAGCGUUGCCAAACUUGCUCGCUCAGAACUGAAUGAAGUGAUGGCCUGUCUUUGGACUAUCAACGGGGUUCUGCAGAAUACUGACAGACUCGUAAAGCUUACUAUUUCUGUUCUCAAGCCAAUUCAACACUACAAGAACAUUGACCUUUCUGACAAUGCCAACAUGGCUGUACUAGCUCGAGCUAAAAGUUAUAUCCGGAUUGCGGGUUGUGUCGGACGACAUUGUGAUCUCGAAAAGUAUGAACCACAUUUCAAAAACGCUUUCCCGUCUUGGAACGGCGGAUCAGUAGCUGGUUUAAUGGUCAAUUCGAUCAUCCCAUUUACCCUUCCGAAACAGCCACUCGAGCUAAGAGUAAUGGCUCUAGAGAGCCUUGGCUCUAUCUGCCAGUCCUGGCCUGCUCAAUUCAGUCGAGAUGAAUCGAGACGGGUAUUGUCCAUGGUUUUCAAGGAGGAUAACCCGAGCCUUCAGAACAUUGUCUUGCGGGCAUUUGCAGAUUUCUUUGCAAUGCACGAAGGUAAAGCUGAAAAAUCUGUUUUACCCUCAACCGAAGCUUUGGACCAAGAAAGUACUACGAGGUUAGGCGGCUCGCUGAAGGCCAGCGAUAAUGAUGGGGCAGCUGCAUUGAUUGCUCAGCAUUUCCUUCAGAAUAUGCUUCGAGUUGCGCAAUCAAGACAAGAUUCUUAUGCUCUAACCGCUAUCGAAUUGAUUGCUAGUAUUAACCGCCAGGGGCUUGUCCAUCCAAAAGAGUGCGCAGGCGUAUUAGUGUCACUGGAGACUUCCACUGUUCCCUCCAUCGCUAAAGUUGCGUUUGAGACACAUAAGAUGCUCCAUCAGCAGUAUGAAUCUAUGUUUGAAAGAGAAUACAUGCGAGCCGUUCAGGAGGCCUUCUAUUACCAACGCGACGUCGUCGGAGAUUCGACCGGUGCGCUGAGCCGUCCCUAUGUUGCCAAGUUGGCACCACUGUUUGAGAUAAUCAAAAUCAGUAACAGCCGGUAUCAGAAGAAAUUUCUUUCAAACCUCUGCGCAAAAGUUAAUUUCGAGCUCAAGAAGCUUGAUACCACUGGAAAUCCACCAGAGCAUCUUUUGCUAGCCCGCUUUGUGGCUCAUAAUCUCGCCUUCUUUGAGUAUGCCCAACUUUCUGAGCUUGUACCGACUAUUGGCUGUAUGGAGCGAAUUGUGGCUUCUACUGGGACGGCUGUAGCCCAUGCCAUUGAAACGGAACUCUUUUCUACCUCUAAGCUGGAACUGCCGCAAGGGGAGGGAGUCGCUAUGCCCACCGCAGACCCUCCAUCCCAUCUGGUACCCCUGCAGCAGAUCAACCAACAAGCCCUGCGGCAGUUGGCUACAGCAGCGGCGGCGCUUUCGAUACUCUGGGAGGCUCGCACGUACCUCCGCCGCGUCUACGGCGUGACCGCCCACGUUCGGAACAAGGAGGCUAAAGCUGCAUCUAAAGAACUGAACAAGUCGGCCACAAAGGUGCACGGUGUGACUGGCGAUAAAUGCUGGGACGCUAUCAAUCGUAACAUGAUGUCCUUGGAUAGUGAGGAGAACAUGGUUAGCAAGUGUCGAGAGUUUGCCACAUUGCUUGCCAUUGAUGAUGAAUUCAAAGUCGACGAUGACAUGGAUGCGGAGGGUGACGAUGGUGUUACUGAUAUGGACGAUCCAGCAGCUCUUGGAAAUCCUAGUGGGCCACGUCCUAUGAAACGAAAGAGCUCCAUGUCAGGGCAGAAUCCCCCAAAAAGGCCCCGGGGCAGAAAGCCUGGAUCAGGCAAGAAAAGAGCCAGCACAGAGUCUGAUGCUGAGUCUGAUUGGAACUGA